AUGACCAGGGCUGUUCGCGAUCGGAUACUUAAGGAUGUGAAUGGUAACAUUAGUGAUCAUCUGAGAAAUCACAUUCAUUUGACGAAUUGCAUUCAUUUGAAGAACCAUAUGCACAAGCAUAGCCCCAUUUUGGCUGAUAGGGCCCUUAUGAGGGACCUCGUUGUCCUUCAGAGGUCAAGGUCUUUGAGGGAUCCGUCCACAAGUCCGCCUUCAUGGCGUUCUCCUACUGUUGAUGCGCUUCUCAGAACAGGUGAAAAGGAGGCCAUGGUCAAUGGAAGACGGUCCGUAGGCAUAGAUCGUCCAAGAGAUGGUAGCGGGAUUGAAGUAAGCUCACCUCCAAUAGCAGGCCAAUCUAUUCGUGAGGUAAGCAGGCAUAAUGAUCGGGCAGUUCCAGCUGUGAGCAACCACAGUAGCAAAAGUGUUACUCGGGAACGUAGAAGAGGUGAAAGAGAAGAGUCGAGUAGAAGAUUUCUGGGAAAUGAUGUCAUUGGCUGGAGUCAUGAACAUCUACGAGACAGUAAUGACAUAGCACAUGACCGUGUUUCUGGAAACUCAGAUUCAAGAGACAAAAAUAUUAAACAUAGUGGAAGAAAUAGACAAGAUGUACACCCGAAGACCCUUUCUGACCAAUUAAAUGAGUUCCAUGCAGAAAACGAUGAUGCGGCCUCCUCCUGUAACCAUGGCAAUGGAAAAAAUGCUCAAAUUGAAAAGAAUGAUGGAGCGGAAGGAACCACUGCAGGUGGCUACAAAAGCAGUCUGAAUAGGGGGAAAAGGCGUAAGUUUCGAGGUGCAAGAAGAACUCGGGCCACUGUGGCUAGCGAAGAUGCUGGUGCUCAAAAUGAAAUAUCUGUGGCCUCUAAUUCAUUUGCUCAAGGUGGAGCACACCAGAAAUAUCAAAUGGAGAAGAUGUAUAAAGAGCAUGCUGAUCAGACUGUUACUGGCAUUCCAAGAAAUGGUUGCGGUAUUCCUUGGAACUGGUCAAGGAUCCAUCACAGAGGGAAAUCAUUUCUUGACAUGGCUGGACGUAGCCUUUCUUGUGGCUUGUCUGACUCAAGGGUAAAGAUAGGUAGUUCUAAUCCUCAAGGGAGGGAUAUCCUUGAUAGGCCAGUCAUAUCAGAGCAUUCAAGUUCGUCUACUAAGUCUGAUGCAGAAGCAUUGCCUCUACUGCUGGAUGCUUCUGAAUCUCAAGGAAGUAUGGAGAAUGCUGCUUGGCUGCAUGAUUAUUCUGGGGAGCUGGGGAUUUAUGCUGACAACCUACUAAAACAGGAAGUUGACACGGACCUUGUCUCAGAAGGUAGAUCCGGCGAUCAACACAAAUUUCGAAGGCAUCGCAAUGGCAGGCAUCAAAAUCUUACUCAAAAGUACAUGCCAAGAACUUUUAGAGAUCUGGUUGGUCAAAACUUGGUAGCACAGGCUCUUUCCAAUGCAGUAAUUAGAAGGAAGGUCAGUUUGCUCUAUGUGUUUUAUGGGCCUCAUGGAACUGGAAAGACCUCCGGUGCACGCAUAUUUGCCAGAGCGUUAAAUUGCCAGUCUUUGGAGAAUCCCAAACCAUGCGGCUUUUGCAAUUCUUGUGUUGCAUAUGAUGUGGGGAAGAGCCGAAAUAUAAGGGAAAUGGGCUCAGUAAGCAAUUUUGACUUUGAAACCAUUACUGACCUUCUUGACAACAUGAUUCUUUCCCAGCUUCCACCUCAGUACAGAGUCUUGAUCUUUGAUGAAUGUGAUACGUUGUCUCAUGAUUGUUGGAAUGCAAUAUUGAAGGUCAUUGACCGAGCUCCUAGGCGUGUCAUUUUUAUCCUCAUCAGCUCUAGUCUCGAUGUCUUGCCUCAUAUCAUAAUAUCCAGGUGCCAGAAAUUCUUCUUCCCAAAGUUAAAAGAUGCAGAUAUAAUCUAUACUUUACAAUGGAUUGCUACGAAGGAAGAUUUAGAAAUUGAUAAGGAUGCGCUAAAGCUUAUUGCAUCAAGAUCAGAUGGAUCUUUAAGGGAUGCCGAGAUGACUCUAGAACAACUGAGUUUGCUUGGGCAGAGAAUCUCUGUUCCCCUCGUACAGGAACUGGUCGGGCUUAUAUCCGACGAGAAGUUAGUAGACCUACUUGAUUUAGCAUUAUCCGCAGACACAGUCAAUACCGUGAAGAAUCUGAGAGAGAUCAUGGAAUCUGGUAUUGAACCAUUGGCAUUAAUGUCGCAACUUGCUACAGUUAUAACUGAUAUUUUGGCUGGAAGCUACGAUUUUAUUAAAGAAAGGCCUAGAAGGAAGUUUUUUCGGCGGCAAGCAUUAUCAAAAGAAGAUAUGGAAAAACUCCGUCAAGCCCUGAAAACAUUAUCUGAAGCUGAAAAGCAGCUGAGAAUGUCGAAUGAUAAAAUAACUUGGCUGACGGCGGCUCUGCUACAACUAGCUCCUGAUCAGCAGUAUAUGCUACGAAGUUCCUCCGCCGAUACUAGUCUUAAUCAUAGUCCCCCAAGAUUAAGUGAUUUUGCUUUAAGAGAUGGACCAAGAAAAAGUAAUGUCAAACAUACUGAAGCGCCUAAUUUUCAAGCUGGAAGUUCUGGGGACAUUUAUCAUAGUGGUAAAAUGAAGGGUAUCAGCAUAGACAGAGUCUCUCAACAGGGGUACAGUGCUUCAGAAGAUAAAAAUAAAGCAACGGGUGUGCAAUUACAGGGUAAAUUUGGUCAUGGAAUUGAAGAAAUUUGGUUGGAUGUGUUACAUAAGAUACCAAUAAAUAGCAUAAAAGAGUUUCUAUAUCAAGAAGGAAAGCUGAUCUCAGUCAGUUUCGGUGCAGCUCCAACUGUUCAACUGAUGUUCAGUUCACCGCUGACAAAAUCUAAGGCAGAAAAAUUCAGGGAGCAUAUUUUACAAGCUUUUGAGUCAGUUCUUCGGUCCCCUGUGACAAUUGAAAUUAGAUGUAAAUCAAGUAAAAAUGUUAGGGGAGGACCAAUUAUGUUACCUGAUGAAUCAAGUAAAAAUUUCAGGGGAGGACCAAUUAUGUUACCUGCAUCUCAGGAAAUUUCAUCUCGCCCACUUGCCAGUAGUGGGAUGCCCAGGACAGGUAAUCUUCAGCAAAGUAGAGAUGGUUCGCCUCAAACCCAGUUUGAAACGACUGGAAUGGGUCGAACUGAAAUUGUUGAAGUAGAAGCUUCUCCAAGAGAACCUAAAGGGAGUGAUAACAAAAAGGAAAAGGCACACUAUGACCAGAGAAAUAUGGGGAUUUCUUUUGCAGAUCGAAAAAAGUUAGGCGAGAGAAAUCAGAGUCUAAGCCUAGUUAGAGGCAAGGUAUCCCUUGCUCAUGUAAUUCAGCAGGCAGAAAGAUGUUCACAACAAAGUGGAUGGUCAAAGCGCAAAGCUGUUUCUAUAGCUGAAAAGCUUGAGCAAGAAAAUCUGAGACUGGAACCAAGAUCAAGAGGCUUGCUUUGUUGGAAUGUUCCUAGAGUAACCCGUCGAAAGCUUUCGCGCUUGAAAAUCAGAACGAGGAAGUCAAAAACUUUGCUGAAAUUUGUCUCGUGUGGAAGGUGUCUCUCUGGCAGAUCUCCGAGUUUUCCUUUGUCCAAAGGGAAACUGAACUUGAGUUUCCGCUGUGGUCCGUCUGAAACCCAGAAAAAUGUAGAUUCUGCAAUUUUCUUCCGGAAUAAUGAUGAUUGA